GCAAAAGCACUGGCAUCCGCCUCCGAUGACGACCUGCCUCUGUCACUCGAACUGCCGGUGGACGACAAGGAGCCCGACAACCGAAGAAACAAAGCCUCUGGCACCUUCGAAUCUCUUCAGCGAACAUUUCUACUCGAAAUGCAAGUGAGCUCAAUAGUUGCAUGUUUGCCCAUCUCUUUCAACGAACUCUGUCUUCCCCGAUUCGCAUCACCCUCGAUCUCAGGUACCUCGAAGGACACCAGCUCUCGAGGCCUGCUUCAGCGGACGAGACGCAGUCUGCCCCAACAACGUGAGACACCAGCAAAGAGGCAUGUUUGUUGUCAUCCCAGUUGUUGUCCUCCUGUUUGUCCAUCUGUCUGUCCUGUUGUCAUGUAA